AUGCCGAACUAUUUGGCCAGUCAGCGGUCAUGGUUAUCACCUCAAGAAGUUUAUAAGGAGACAACAGAUGGAAUACAGGUGACCGUAACAACGUUUUAUCUUGGAGCAAAUGUUAUUGGUGGUCAACAGAAACACUGCUGGCGUUAUGUAAUCCGACUGGAGAAUUUGGAGAAGAGUACGGUGGUGUUGCGUGAAAGAGCAAUGAAAGUAUUCAGUUUGAAUAAUAUGCAACAAGUUAGUGGACAUGGAGUUGUAGGCACUAAUCCUCGAUUAUCACCUCAAGAACCAGCUUUCCAGUUCAGUAGCACUGUUGAUUUGCCACAGCCGAAAGGAGCGCAUAUGUGGUUCGAUUUUUUU